AAGUGGCUGAAGUAGUUCUCGACAAUGAAGAAUCCAUGUAUUUCAUCAGGUGUUGAAAGAUUGGUCCAAAAAGGAAUUAUCCAAAAGUUCGUUCACCUAUUCUCACUAGAGCUCUUGUAAGGAAGAUGGCUGACGAAGCUAAUUUAGAGGUCGCUCUGGAAAAUCGUGUUGAAAAUAUGGAAAAUACUUUGAAGGAAUUGAUGGCUUCCUUCCAAUCUCUUCAAGCAACCUUAGUCACAAGGGCACCUUUGGCAACAAAUCCUUUAUUUGAAGGAAAUGUUCCAGUGGCAAGUCUUCCUAUCGCCACAUCUACUCUUGGAAAGGAGCCAAUGUCAUCUUGCCCACCAAAUGGUGGGACUUCCGGGACAAAGCCAUUUGUUCUAAAUGCUGGUGUUGCUACAACCCAGUCUAAUGAUCAAGAAGAGACUCAAGUUGUCAAGUCAAUCACAGAGGAUGAAGACAAGGCAAUUAAAGCAAAGGUGCAGUUGAUGGAGGAAACACUAAAAUCGAUGCAAGGUGUCCAAACCAAUAAACCGGUUGACAUCUCAUCUUUAUGUUUUUUCCCAAACAUUCAACUGCCCCAUAAGUUUAAAUUGCCUGAGUUUGAUAAGUACAAUGGCACUAGUUGUCCUUAUGCCCACUUGACGAUGUAUUGUAGGAAGAUGGCUCCUUAUGCCAAUGAUGAGAAGCUAAUGAUACAUUACUUUCAAGACAGUCUGACAGGUCCUGCAGAUACUUGGUUCUCUACUUUAGACAAAAGUAAGGUAAAAAGUUGGCAUGAUUUGACUUACAAUUUUAUGAAGCACUAUGAAUACAAUACAUCACUAGCUCCUAGUAGAGAAGAUCUUCAAAAGACAGAGAAGAAAUCGAGUGAAAACUUUAAGGAAUUUGCUCAAAGAUGGCGUGGAUUGGCUGUUCGAGUUCAACCGCCACUAACUAACCAUGAACUGAGUAAUUUAUUCAUUAAAUCAACUAAAGGGCCUUAUCGUGAAAAGUUGAUGACUUGUGUAAAUUACACUUUCACUCAGUUGGUUAUCGUGGGAGAGCAAGUGGAAGAUGGAAUCAAGUUAGGGAUUAUUAUUCAUUAUCAAGCAAUGAAGAGUCUCCUUGAACAAUACCAAAAUGGUAGUUCAGGGGCUUCUAGUUUAAGGAAAGUAGGCCAGAAUCAAAAGAUGGAGAAUGAGAAUGGCACUAUAAGCUCAGUUUAUGAGGCAUAUAGAAGAAAUAAUCAGUCACAUGGGCAGUUCAACAAUCGAUUCCAAGCUCCACCUUAUCAAUCAACGACUUUUACAAGCCAACCAAGGACUAUUUACGCCUCUGGGGUUAAUCGUCCACAACAAGUGAGACGACAUUUUGACAAGCUUCCUCUGUCAUAUACUGAGGUGUUUCGACAAUUAGUAGAAGCUGGAAUUGUUACUCCAAUACCUAUGGUGCCGGUAAAACCACCAUUUCCAGCAUGGUACAACCCACAAGCAAGAUGUGAAUACCUUAGUGGAGGUGUUGGACAUGAUCUUGAAAAUCGUCUUGCUUUAAAGCACCGUAUCAAAGAUUUGAUAGAUGCAAAGGAGUUACAAAUUGCAUCAGAACAAAAGGUUGUUGGCCCGAAUAUCACUAAAAACCCCCUACCAACACACGAUAGUUCAACAGUCAAUAUGAUCGAGAAGGAUUUUGAGGAAGUUCAAGAGGUGGCUGCAGUUACUCUCACCAAUCAAGUUUCAUCAACUCCUAGACAGCUUUUAAUAUUGAAGGGACCGAUGCUUACAGUUCCACUCAAACAAGGCUGAUCUUAGAACUGUUACUGAUGAGGGCUUGAAUAAGUGAACAAUGGAGUUUUUUUCCUAUUGCUAUCAUUUUGGAAUGAAAUGUGUCUAUCAUG